AUGAAUAAUUCAUUGCGACGUGGUGUUUUAAAUCAGGAAGCCGUUUUAGAAAUAACUCAGAGUAUGUACGAAUUAUAUGUUAAUAACUUAUUAUUACCGAAUGUGAAAAGGUGGGAUAUUCAUAAAAUUCGCUCUCUUUUUUCAGAAGCGGUGGCAGAAAAUAUAAUUAAAACACCUUUAUUUGAGGAAGUGAAAGAGGAUCAGGUAGUGUGGCAAUAUGAGAACCAUGGAGUCUACACAGUAAAAUCCGGAUACAGACACUACAUCAAGAAUAAGUCGGUGAAUAAUAAUUACACUUUGGAAGGCGAUUGGGGAGCUCUUUGGCGAAGCAGGGCACCCCCAAAGACAAAACACUUACUUUGGAGAGUGUGUCGUGAUUGUCUGCCAACUCAACUCCGGUUACGGGAAAGGUAUGUGCCAUGUCCAAGUGAAUGUGCAUUGUGCGUAAAUAAUACGGAGGAUGAUUGGCACGUGUUUUUUGGAUGUAGUGAGAGUAGACAAGUGUGGAAUGAAGCUGGAUUGGGUGGGGUUAUCGAUCCUAGAAUACGUCAAUAUGAUAAUGUGAAAGCUGUCUUUUUUGAUAUUUGCAGAAACGAGACAGAUGAUAUUGCAGGCAUUGUUGCUACAAUUGCUUGGAGCAUAUGGCAUAACCGAAACAAUUGGGUGUGGAACGGCGUCAAAGACACGGCGAAGGGUGUUGCGACAACUGCUGCUCAUUUAAUUGGAGAAUGGCGUGCUGUUCAUGUGAUACAGCAGCAACAUAGCGCGACUGCCGCUGUUUUAACACAGUCCCGCAUAUCUGACACAGGUGCAGCAAGCUCUCCUCCUAUCAUUGCUGCAGAUCCUUUGCGUUGGCAGCGUCCUCGCGAUGGGUGGUGGAAGUGUAGUGUCGAUGCAAGUUUUUCACAAGCCUCCGGUCAAACGGGAUGGGGUUGGUGUAUCCGCAAUUCACAAGGUGUGUUUGUUGCAGCAGGUACAAAUAUGAGUAUGCAUAAACUUGCUAUAGUUGAAGGUGAAGCCAUGGCUAUCUUGGAGGCUAUGCGUCAGGCCACUUCAAGAGGUUGGUCCAACAUUGUGUUCGAAAGCGACUCCAAAGUUGUGGUUGAUGCAAUACAAGCCAAUCAUCAUGGUAUUGCAGAGUUGAGUUCUAUUAUUUUAUCUAUUAAGCUAUUGUUACAAUGUAAUUCGAACUUUGAGAUCAAGUUCACUAAGCGACAAGCGAACAUGGCGGCUCACACUUUAGCUAGGGUGGCCAUUUCAUGGUCUAGUCGCAUGUUCUUUCACUAUGUUCCUCGUUGUAUUGAACCUUUUAUUAUUAAUGAAAUGAGUUGA